AUGCGCGAGCGCCUCUAGCCUCUACUAACCUUUCUUAAAACAUUAGCCCGUAUUGUUUACCUGUGCCGUGUCUUUCUGUCUUCCAUUGAAAUCAUUGGAGUUAUAACUAUAAACUUGUGUUUACGUUCGUAAUAUCAACAGUAAACACAAAACUUUACCAUUUAAAUAUCAUUUGCGUGCAAAAAAACGAGUAUAUAAAAAUUUCACUUAAAAGUGAUGGGUGAUCCUUCAAGUAUGAUGGGGCACACAGGAGGUGGCCUUAUGCCUCCUCAACCGUACGGAAUGCAUCCUCAAGGCUCGGCUUCAACAGGAGAAAAUGAGCCUAGAAACCAAGACAUUGGUGAAAUCCUACAACAAAUAAUGAACAUAACAGAUCAAAGUUUAGAUGAAGCACAGGCUAGAAAGCACACAUUGAACUGCCACAGAAUGAAGCCUGCUCUCUUUUCGGUACUAUGUGAGAUUAAAGAGAAAACUGUCCUCUCGCUUCGCAACGCACAGGAGGAGGAACCUCCAGAUGCUCAACUGAUACGGUUAGAUAACAUGCUUAUCGCCGAAGGUGUAGCUGGCCCAGAAAAAGGAGGUGGUGCUGGCGCUGCAGCUUCUGGAUCAGCUGCUGCACAGUCCGGGCAACCUGACAACGCAAUCGAACAUUCUGACUACAGAGCAAAACUGUCCCAAAUCCGCCAGAUUUACCAUCAAGAACUGGAGAAGUAUGAGGAGGCCUGCAACGAAUUCACCAUUCACGUUAUGAAUCUCUUAAGGGAACAAAGCCGCACUCGUCCAAUUACCCCUAAAGAAAUCGAACGCAUGGUUCAAAUUAUCCAUAGAAAGUUUAGUUCGAUUCAGAUGCAGCUGAAGCAAUCCACCUGCGAGGGCGUUAUGAUUCUCAGAUCACGGUUCCUAGAUGCUAGGAGGAAGCGUCGUAACUUCAGUAAACAAGCUUCAGAAGUUCUGAACGAAUAUUUUUAUUUGAAUCUCUCAAACCCUUACCCGACCGAGGAGGCCAAGGAAGAACUUGCGAGGAAAUGCGGUAUUACAGUAAGUCAAGUGUGCAAUUGGUUCGGUAAUAAGAGGAUCCGUUAUAAGAAGAACAUCGGGAAAGCUCGGGAAGAGGCUAAUCUCUAUGCCGCAAGGAAAGCGGCAGGUGCAUCUCCGUACAGUAGUACCCCCACACCAAUGAUGUCCCCCGCGCCUCCCCAAGAGUCCAUAGGUUAUUCCAUGGGCUCUACAUAUGAAAGUGCAGGUUACGACGCCAGUAGCUGUGGUUAUGACCCUAUGCACGGUCAAGAGUUGUCACCUUAGGUAAAACUUUAAGUAAAAAUAUUACCGACGUAUACUAUACUUGUAUACUAAACAGAGUAUACUAAUUUUUUUACUGUGCUGUGCGUUAUAUAUACCAAGUUCGUUUAUUGCCUCUAUGACGGAGAACACUUUACUCUUUACGCCGAUGAAACGUCUAGCAUGAUUCUGACGUGGACUGGCCCAUCGUUAAUGCUCAGGUUAUUCAAGCAUUACCCGAGGGUGGCAAAUUGCAAUCUCAGAAGUACAUAACUAUAUAAUAAAUCUCUAAACCAUUAGUUCGGUAUACUUUAAAUGAACUGAUAUAAUACAAGACGAGUGCAAGAAUUAAUCAAAUUGCACAGACCUGUUGACAGCAAGUAUUGUGCCAUUUUCAAGAAAUAAUUACAGGUUACAAAUAGGAAAGUAAAUAUAUAAAACUUGUUUAUUUAUUAUUAUUAUACAGAAUGAUCCUAAAGUAUCUCCCAAUAUUUGCAGGUGCAAUACAUCAAAAAAUAAAGGUACGUUUUUAUGCAGGAUGCAACUAAAUUCUUCUAUUUAAUUAAGAUUAUUUUUAUUUCUUCAAAAGUAUUCCAAAUUAAACACUCACUUUUAUGAUAGUACAUUAAAACCUUAACAAGGAUGUACAGUUUUCGAGAUAAAUGGUAAAAUGUCAUUGAAUAACGAUAGUAACAAUUCAUGUAAUCAUGUUAUCCUUGAAAAAACAAAGUAUUAUGUGCAUAGUUUCCUUCAUUUGCUUUUUGCAGCUUAUACACUUUAUUUUGACACCCUAUAUCAUGAAAACGAAAUGUUUCUGGACACAUGUUUAUAGGAAUUUAUUUGUUAAUUUGUGGCAUAGUCCUUCAUAAAAGUUUGAUCAAGCAUUUUAGUUAUAAACUUUUCCCAAAAAUUAUAUUUCACUUAUUAGCAUUUUAAGGAAAGAGCUAGGAAAAAAGUUACCCUAAUUUUUUUAUGUCCAGAGAAUAUCGGGAAACCUUUUAUGGCCAUCCUGUAUAACAUUGUAUAAAAUGUUUCAUGUAAAACUUCAUAUGUUAUUUAUUGUAUUAAAUUAAUUAAACAGUUGUACAAAAUGUUUUAUUUUACCAUAUUUUAAGGCGCAGAAAAACUGUCGAAAAAAACUUUGUUCC